GGACGCUAACAGCCGACUGAACUACCGUCUCAACCCAUUGCUGGAACUUUGGAGGGGUCACUCGAUCACCGAUUCUGGAGUAGGCAUUGCAGACUACUCCUAAGAUGCUUGUUGAUUCGUUCCUAUCGUUAGGGCGAAUAUCGUGAGGGCACUUGGGCAAAUAAUCAUAUAUAGGUAGGCCUUCUCCUCGAGGUAAGUGGUUUAUUUCCAUCAUCAACAACAUCUUCUUCAUAUUCAUCCUUCCAUCUCAUCCUCCUUUGAUACUAUCAUUCAAAAACUCCAUCCACAUCUUCUUCAAUCAACAGCAACAACAUGUCGACCCAACAAGAAACCACCGGUACUUCCAAGGGAUUCGAGAGAUUCGACCCAACUUUCACCACCAAUGUCAUCAAGUCUAUCGGUCCCAAGACCGACGCUCGAUCGAGACAAUUGAUGGGCUCUCUCAUCCAACACAUCCAUGACUUCGCAAGAGAGAACGAACUCACAAUCGACGAGUGGUUGACCGGUGUCAACUUCGUCAACACUAUCGGACAAAUCAGCACCCCCACCAGAAAUGAAGGUCACAGAAUUUCCGAUGUUCUCGGACUCGAAUCUGUCGUCGAUGAAAUUGCACACUACAUCAUGACCGAGUCUGGCGAGACCCCCACAUCUUCCUCAAUUCUCGGUCCUUUCUGGAGCCCCAACGCCCCAUUCAGACCACUUGGCGGUAGCAUCAUCCAGGACCCAGUACCUGCAGGCGGACAGACUACUUUGAUGCACGGAACCGUUACCGAUUUGGUCACUAAGAAGCCAAUUCCAAACGCAGUCGUUGACAUCUGGCAAGCAUCUGCCAACGGAAAAUACGAUUUCCAAGACCCUGAGAACCAAACCGAUAACAACUUGAGAGGAAAGUUCAGAACCGAUGAGAACGGACAAUAUCACUUCUACUGUCUUCACCCAACUGCCUACUCUCUGCCCACCGAUGGACCAGCCGGUGUUCUCUUGAAAUUGCUUGAUCGUCACCCAAUGAGACCUGCUCACAUUCACUUGAUGAUCUCAAACGAAAACUACAAGCCAGUCACAACUCAAAUUUACCCAAACACCGAUCCAUACCUCAUCACCGACACUGUCUUUGCUGUCAAGCCAGAUCUUGUCGUUGACUUCAAGCCCCGCAAGGAUGACCCUAAGGCAGAAUUGGACCUUGAAUACAACAUCAUCUUGGCACCAAAGGAUUUGAAGAUGUAAACGGUGAAUUUUGGAUUGAAGGGAUGAAUUAAAAUGCUGGAUCAUAGAUGGAAUGAAUAAUUCCACAUGGGACUGGGCGUGGUGUUUUUGUAUAUAGCUCUGGGUUAUCGGCGUUUUAUAUGUUUAUGACUUUAUAUGUUCGAAAUGAGAAAUCCUCUUUCA